AAUUAUGGGUAUAAAACGUAGUUCUAGGGUUUAAGGUUGUUGCUUGUGUUGGAUCUACUGCAGAAUCCAUUUCCGACAACACCGAUAAAUCGCUAUGACUGCUGAGACUCAAGAAGAGCUUCUUGCAGCACUCCUCGAACAGCAAAAGAUCCAUCAUGAUGAGCCUGUAGUUGAGGAUGAUGACGAUGAUGAGGAGGAAGAGGAUGACGAUGAUGAUGAUGAGGAUGAUGACAAUGCUGAAGGUGAUGUAUCUGGUAGGUCCAAGCAGACCAGAAGUGAAAAGAAGAGUCGCAAGGCAAUGCUUAAACUUGGAAUGAAACCUGUCACCGGUGUCAGUCGUGUGACGGUCAAGAAGAGCAAGAAUAUCCUGUUCGUUAUCUCAAAACCAGAUGUUUUCAAGAGCCCAACUUCUGACACAUACAUUAUAUUUGGGGAAGCUAAGAUUGAAGACUUGAGCUCACAGCUACAAAAUCAGGCUGCUGAGCAGUUCAAGGCUCCUAAUUUGAGUAACGUGGGAUUGAAGCCUGAAUCCUCUAGUAUUGCUCAAGAUGAUGAGGAUGUGGAUGAGACUGAUGUAGAUCCCAAGGAUAUUGAGUUGGUGAUGACUCAAGCUGGUGUGACAAGAUCAAGAGCAGUUAAAGCUCUCAAAGCUGCCAAUGGCGACAUUGUUGCUGCCAUUAUGGAGUUAACAAAUUGAUGGUCAUAUUUGGUAGAAUUUUAGUAUUUGGAAUGUGGGGCUAUAUUUAUUUGUUGAUCAAAUUUUUUUCUCUACAUGGAUUUGAAAUAUUGGUGUGCCAAUGUUUCCCGUUGCUUCCUUCUAUUUUCAUGUGUAAUUCUCUAUAUGGAAGGACUGUCAAAUUCGCAAGAAGUGCAUGUUUGAUGCCAAGAAUGAAUGUCUUAAAUUGCAGUUGUUUAUUAUCUAUAUUGGUUUGUAGAGUGUAAACUUAUGGUCCUUCAUUGUAUGGCUUAUAAACUAUAGUGAAUAGUGUUACUUUGCAACCUAAACUGGUGCAUGUAAGAAAUGGUUAAUGGUAC